UGCGAGGCGGAGCCAGGGAGAUUGCGGAGAUCGCAGCUCCAACAAGCUGCUGAAAGGCAUCCGCCGGUUCCUCGGGAUCUGACCGUGGAGUUUCCACCGAGCGAGGAACGGGUGGACCCGCGGGGUCACCCUCCGCCGGGUUAUGGCGAUUGACAUCACACCAGAAGCCAUUGGGUUUUUGUCUGCAGUUGGAGUCUUUGUUGUCUUGUUGGCAGUUCUGUUCCUCUUCAUCAACAAAAAACUGUGCUUUGAGAAAAUUGGAGGCCUCCCAUGCCUUGAACUGAAGCGAGAAAGGAAGCGAGUACGCGAGAAAGCUGGAAUCCACAAGGGCCUCGUUAUGGCUUCGGAAGAAAUUUCAAAGAAGGAUCCCACCACACAGACUCUCUCAUCAUGGAUGUCUCAGAUGUCUGAAUCAUUCCAACAAGCUGGGAGCUCCAUUUCCUCUGCAUUUCUAAAGCUAAAUCUUCACCAAGGUGCACCUAAUCAGACAUUGAACACUGGGCCACCAGGCUCCUCAACAAAAGCAGAGCAAGAGAGUCAGGAGCAUCAUUCUGUCCAGGUAACGGAUCCAGUUUUAAGUGCUGCUGACAAUGAACAAAAAUGUGCAGAAGGUGAUUUACACGCAGCGUUGAGCGAUGAGUUGCAAACUUUGGAUUACCAGAACACUGAGGUAGGAACAUAUUCUAUUGAUGUUGCGACAAAUCAAAAUUUGCAAGAUGAAAACUUAAGGUUAUGCAAUGGAUUAGAUUCAACGGCUGGAAAGGACAUUGCGUAUACCGAAAUGGAUGCUUAUGACUCAGAAUCUUCUAGUGAUCUGGCUGCCAUUCCAGAAGAAAUUGGGAAGGUAAAUGAUCAGGAUGGAUCCAGUCACAUCUAUGUCGAUAUUAUACCUGAACCAGUAUAUGAUGAUGUUGGAAAUUCUAUGGAAAAUAAGCCAGUGGACAGUUAUGGGGAUGAUCAGGAGCUGACGACAUCCACAGACAGCGAUGACGAUGUGAUCAAGCAGUUUGAAUUCUCUGUGUCGAGGUCCCAGAGUUUCCGAUCGACAGUGUCAGAGAAGGUGACACGGGCGGGUUUAGAGCGUAGGCAGAAAUUUAAUCGUUUACCUUCAAAUCGUGAAGAGUUCAGCAGCGAGGCCUCUGACGUUGAAGAUAAACAGAAUCAGCUUAGCUUCCAAGAUAAUUGCUCUAAUGAAGAAGAUGCAUUGUCUAUGAUCUCAGCCGCUGGAUUUGAGGAUGGAGCCGAACAUCCAAAGACCUCUGAUGAAGCAGCUGGAUUUCCAGUCAAUAACGACAGGGUGCAGCAAACAGAGCCUCCUCCGGAUCAAGAGUCCAACUUUGAUAACCAGGCCUAUGACGGAAAGGACCAGUCUGAUAGUUCCUCAGCUUGGACUCCAGAGGUAAUACCUCAACAUUGUACUCUCUUUGGGGAAGCAGCAUGUUCACCACAAACAUUACGGGAUAAUGGGUCUGUUUAUAUGCUGUACUGUUCUAUGUUCUAUCGUAGGUUAAAGAAAAAUAACAUUUUGAUGUUUGCACAGGGUGGAGAUUCACAGAUCAGCCUGUCUGCCUUCUCUCACAGCGACAGUGCUUCAUCAACACAAUCUCUCUCACAUGGUGGAGUUCCAGAACUACUUGUUGGCUUAUCGUACAACGCCACAACAGGACGGCUCUCUGUCGAAGUGAUCAAAGGUAGUCACUUUCGAAACUUGGCUCUCAACAGGCCGCCCGACACUUAUGCAAAACUCUCUCUCCUCAACUCAGCUGGGCAGGAGAUGUCCCGGUGCAAGACCUCAAUUCGACGUGGUCAGCCUAACCCAGUCUACAAGGAGACUUUCAUCUUUCAGGUCGCCCUUUUCCAGCUCUCGGAAGUCACGUUGAUGGUCUCGAUUUACAACCGGCGCAGUAUGAAGCGCAAGGAAAUGAUCGGAUGGAUUUCCAUGGGUCAGAACAGCAGCGGGGAAGAGGAACAAAAUCACUGGCUGGAGAUGAAGGAAUGUCAGAGCCACCAGGUGUGCAGAUGGCACACACUACUGGAAUCUUAAACCUGUUUCAGUUCAAUAACGGACAGCUUUCGAGACCUUUUACCUGUGCAACAGGGGUCUGUUGCGUUGCAAUGUUCAAACUCAUUGCUCAAACCAUAACUUUGCGAAUAAUCCAAGAAUUUAUUAUGUAUAGCAGAUUGCUUUCCAAGCAUGAGAAAUUCUUACAGAGAUUUAAAAGCUAUUUACGAGAGUUAAGUGCCUGUGGAGGAGCUAUGUCACUGAAAUAUAAUAACAUUAACAAAUCAGUAUUUAGGAUGAACAUGUAGUACAGAGGAACUGUUGCUAUAGAUGUAAGUGCAUGUUACAUUAACUCUUUAAUUGAUCAUUAGUUAUUGCCAAGCCAUGCAUGCAAAAAUAACCUGGUUCUUUAUUUUCUUCCAGUGAAAGAUAAGCAAUCUAUAAUUUGUUGACAAAUGCAAAUACUAAAUAACACUGAUUUUAUUUUAAAAGAAAAAAAAAAAUGCUUUACAAUAAUAAAAACAAACAAUGCAGAAUGAAGCAUUUGUUAAAUGAAAUAUCCCACUAGGAAUACUGUAUCAGAGCCUAGAAUACCCAAAUCAGGCAUGAUGAAAACUGGCUGUGAUGCAGCUUUGAAUCAUUACAGUGUUUACAGAUCACUAUACAUCACUACUUGUCACCUGAAGCAGCUCUCUGCAAAUUGUAUGUUAUUUGCUGUUGUCUCCAGUGCUAAACAUUAGAUUAUCACAUUUUUAUGGCUUUUGAUGAUUCAACUCCCAGUACUGCAUAAAUAAACACUGUUGUGCUUGCCAUCAGACUCAU